AUGGCAAAAGAGGUUGGUCGUGCGCCUUCUGAACACUGGAGUCUACGUUUUGGUCCUAUCCUUUUGAUGUUUUGGUUCGUCAUAUUUUUGCAUUUGCAAUCAUUUGGAGAAGGGCACAGCUUUUGCUACGACGGAUCUAAAGAAGGUGAGUUUUGAUAAACUGAAAAAUGCACCUACAUGACUCGAAAUUCGGAAUAAAAUUACUCAAAUUUAAUUAUGAGAAGUUCUAUUCAAUUUACUUUACUGAAACAAUGAUUAAAUUUGCUUAUAAAUUUAAGUAAUUUUACUCAAUCUAGAGUCAGUGCAUGUGGGUGCAUUAUUUUACUCAAGUUCUUGAGUCCAGUGUAAACACUUAUAUAUAUGUUCUUUAACAUAUGUCUAAAUGUGAAAUUUCUAUAAGAGCCAAGACGUGCAAUUAAAAUUUAUGUGAAAUAAGGAUGCAAGAAACACCACAUUGACUGUAUUAAUACUGCAUCUUAUAUAUUGAAAAAUUAACAGUAUAGCUAAGAUAAAAGGAAUCGCGUAAAUGAAUUGGAACUCACUAGUGAAUUGAAGGGUGGUGCGUUUAGCCGAAGCAGGUGUCCGUAUAUUGCGCUAACAUAUGCGCCUGUUAAUUCGCUGCCAGCGAGUAUAUUUUAAAUACGGAGAAAAUGUUCUCGCGUGAAAUAUUUCAUAAUUUCCAGACUGCGCGCAAGCAGAAAACGUUGCCGACGUUCUCUCUUAGGCUAUGUGCACGCGGGCGUCGUUUUCGAGCGUUUUCAAAAACGUUUAUGUCCCUUUAAUCGUUUUGAUGCCCUGUUCACAGGGUCCAAAGGAAAAUAUCUCCAAUGUAUAUUAAAUAAACUACAGCUUUUGUCGUAAAUUGAUAGUGUUUGCAUCCGUUUUAGCGUGAAAACACAAAUGAAAAAACUCGAAAACGUUAUCGCGUGCACGUAGUCUUAUUCUCCCCUACGCCCUGUAUUCUCGCAACAUUCCCCGCGCGUGCAUUGUCACAUCAUGAAUGCACACGACUCGUUUUCUAUUUCUUAAUUAAUGAAGACUAACUUAAACAGAGGUUAAACGAGUUACACGAACAAAAUAUUAGUGGUUUGCAUUCAAUCCCAUGAGAUUUUUAAGAUACAGCCAUGGCCAUGUUAGAGGAAAACACCUUCCAAAUACAAUAGCAGCUAAUGAGAUUCAUUGUAAUAGUUCCUACAACAUGGCCGCAUGAUAUGGAUCAUGCAAAUGUCGAGAGACAACCAACUAAGGAUCAAACUGUUUUAUUUUUCAAAAUUAGUCACCUUCUUUCUACUAUACUUAUUUUACCGUUAAAAAGGUUAUCGUUUGGACACUAAGGUUAUCAAAUAUGUUCACGCAGAGUCUGGACUGGAUUGCAUCUUACAAUGCAUGCUUCAAGAGAUAUUAUGCCGAUCUGCUAACUUCAGAAAAACUUGUGGAGGACAGGAAAAUUGUGAGUUACUCGAAUCUUUGUAUAAAGAAGAACCAGCAGAGAGUUUAAAGAACGAUGAAAAUUUUGAUCACUACAUACUACUUCAACCCGAACGAGUAAGUACAGUCAGAAUAUUUCAUAAGGGUUUCUGCAGAUGGAAAUUUCAAGCAGAAGAUUAUAUACAAUUUUCAAACCUAACCUCUAUCGCGUUAAAGCCGUUGCGUGCGGCGAAGUGAAACAAGGUAUAGCUACGGUUCGAUUUAUUUUUGAACAUAGGUUCCUGUUUUUUGUCUGACUUAGAAAUUUUCUUACUUCUGACUUAGAAAUCUGCGACUUUCCCUCGCUUUUUUAAUUCUCAAAUUGUUUUUUAGACGUUUACAGAUUGGGGUUAGAGAAGGGUUUGGGGUUGGGAUCAGUUUAUCUUAUAAAUGGAAGCAAAUUGGCGUAUUGUUUAGAAGAAUCGUCUAUGUUUAUAGUAUGUCUAUGCUAAAAUUGAGAAUCUCUGAUCAAGAAUUGGCUAUCGUGGUGCAUUGUAAAUAAUAUUUAACAAUUAUAUUGAAUGAGGUUGAGCACUUGCGAUAGAUGAACCAGGCGGAAAUCGUAAUCUUAAGAUAAAUAUUUUAAUAUUAAAAUGCCCAGCAUUAAAAUGCCCAGCAUAAAAUACGUAAAAGAGCCAUAACAAAAAUAUAGUACGAUAUGAAGAAUUAUCAAGCCCGAAGUUUGCCGUUAUCAACCGAAGCCGAAGGCUGAGGUUGAUAUCGGCAAACUGAGGGCUUGAUAAUUUUUCAUAUUGUGCGAAAACCGAAUUCAAUAAUUGUUUUAUUAUUUAUUUAAAAAAUUAAAAACAAACAUUUGUAUUUUAUUUGUAUUAAGAAAAAAACAAUUCCUUAGUCCUUCGGCAGCCGUCGUUACGUCAUAUCAAUGGCGUCAGCGAGUGAAUAUGAUUCUCGUCGUCAUAGUAAUAUGGCGCAAACGCGUCCAAAUUUUUUUCGUAUUGACUCUUUGACGUCAUUUUGCUAAUAUGAAUGUGAAAAAUCCGGAUUUGGUUAGCCAUUGAGUUGAUAUGACAAUUUCCCAGUUGGCUGUUAGCCAAUCAGAAACCAAGAAUUUUUUAAAUAAAUAAUAAUCUCCAUUGUUACAUUGCUGACUUAAGGUGGCUCCCUACAGUUAUAGUCCAGUUAAAACAUUUAUAUAGCUCAGACGUCAUCCUCGCGACUCGCGCGUGGAACCUUCGUUGCCCGUUUUGUAUUUUUAUCUACAAAGAAACGCCAGUUUUUUUAUUAUAAUCCUAAACUUUUCAACAUUCGAACAGUACGUAUGUAAUUGUUAGCUAGUUUUUUACCUACCUUCAGUGUGUUUUUUUUUAUAUAUUUAAUACGUUCAGUACUGUAUUUCAUAAUGCUCACAAUGUUCAACAACAGUGUCACGGACAACACCGCGGAAAAACGUCUGCGCAUGCACCAAAUUUUGAAAAUAUGGCGGGGAAUUUGAAUAUCAAUUUCUAAAACAAAAACAUGCUUAUUAAUUGGUCAAAAAUUAGUAAAACAAACGAGAAAAUAUAGUAAAUGGGCAGACUAGACAUUAAUUGAUGUUCCUCACGCAUUAUAAUUUACACGCAUGCGCAAAUAGUGAUCAUGUCGAAUCGAUAUUUUGUCACGUCAACAGCUUCAACUGGAUUUAGGACUAUUUUUCUCGCGUUUUCUUCGGAAAAAUUUUUUUAAACUUUGCACGUUUGCUAAGCAUGACGAUUCGCCAAACAUAUCAAAAUUUCAAGAAAUUCUAUAAGACAGAUUUUUUGUAGUCGUUAUUCAUGAAUUCCUCAAAACCUGCCUUAUAAACAUCCUUCAAAUUUUAAUAUGUCAUUCCUCUUUCAACCAUAAAUCUUAAAAAAAAAAUUCAGAAAAAUUGACCGAAGGAAAAAAGAUAUUGUCGUUUGUAAAAUUACACUGUUCCUAUUUGUUCAUAUAUCGACAGCAGAAGACUUUUGAACUUUCCUGGAAAUGAUUAUAUUGCCCUGUCUUAAGUGUGUUCAAUAUAAACUUGGUUGAAAACGAAGGUUGCCUAAAAUACUUAAAAUUUUAGAAAACUGUAGGGAGCCACCUUAAAUUGACAUGCUGGGUUAAAUUAAAGUCAAUAACGAGCUAUGGAAUGGCUGUAAAAAUCAAGGACUAUAUUAUUUCUUUGCUAUUCUUGGCCCAUUAUUAUUUGCGGUGAUAUUUGAUGAUCGUAGAUACAGUGGGCCGGGUUUACCAGGUUGAGUUGCCCAUAGUUGGAGGGUACGCCUGUAUUCAUAUCUACUUCUGCACGCCAUUACACCCUACCACGAACGCAACCUCGCAAGCCAGGGUCUUUUACUUCCGCACGGCGCUACAGCAAAGACCCUGGUUCCCUCCGGUCACGUGAACUCCUAAAAAUUAGGGCAACAAGAGGGGAGGGUGGUUGAAAUGUGAUAUGUUGUAAUUUACAACUUCCGGUUAAAUGUUGUGUUUGCAAGGCCCGCCGAGGAGUGACUGUAAAGCUAUGAGAAGUGACUUCAACUGUAAUAUGCAAAAACAUUCAAAAUGUAUUAUUUUUCUUAUUUGUCUGCAGUUUUCUAUUAUAAAUAUUUUGUAUGCAAACACUAUUUGAAGCCCAAGCAGGUUAUUUGCUUGGACAAGCUGUCCUUUGGUGUGUAUAAUUAUACUGACAAUUUUUCGGCGACCGGUAAUAUGGAGAGUCGCUGAUUUACCAGCUUUUGCCUUUGAUGCUUUUCGCUAAAAGAGCGUUAUAAGAACGUCAACUCAUGGUGUUUGUGUAAAUGAGUAAUGCUGCUCGUUACAGUAUAUCUCGAACGCGCCUUUGAUAAACAAUCCAGCUCGAAAAUUAUGUGCGAUAAAACUCAGAGAUCAGCAGUAAAUGUUUUUCAGCAGCCAUUAAAAUGUGACAACGAAGAGAUUGAUUGCGAUGUAGCUGAACUUGACCAAAAGACAAAAGUAAUUCUACAUGUUAUUUUUCAGUCAUCCAUUAUAUUGUUAUCACAAUUUUGUUCACUUUAUGGCAAACGUAGUAUAUUGUUUGUUGUAUUUCAUAACGUACCAGUCGUUAUUGCAUGACUGCUACAGCAUAUAUAUAAACUUGACCGAAGGCACAUAAAAGAAUCACUUGGCUUGCAUAAUUGCUUUGAGUUGGUUGCAAAUUCUGACCGAAAGAAUAUCUUUUGCGAAAAGCAUUCAGAUACAGGCACUGAUAUUGAUGCCUUGCAACUGGAGGACAUUCAUGCAGACCAAUUUAUGCUGUAGUGUAUGCAAAACACAAUGUUUAUGUGUUGAGUGUAGUUUAGAUAUGGAAAGGGAAUGAUUUUACCUGAUUAGACAAUAUUUUUGGGCCUGUGAAAUAUUCUUGACUUAGUACCAAAUGAAUACACAAUUAAUCACAAAUGUGAAUUUUGUUGAACUCAGUUUUUUUACAGUGGGCACAAGUUGCACUAUGUUCACACUCUCUCAUAUACUGUAUAUGUCAUCAUUUGCAUAUAUAAACUCGAUUUACUUCAUGGACAUUACAAAAACCUAUACAGCAGUGCAACUACAAAAUUCUAAAUUGAAUAUACGUAUAAAUACAGUAUACUGUAACCAUGCAGCUAUUUCAAUAAAAGUUGUCACAGACAAUAGUCAGAUGUACAAUAAUAUGAGUGCUAAAUGAUCGAAUAAUGGGAAUAAUGAUAGUUUUCAAUAAGUAUAACACCUCAAAUAUAUUAUGAAUACCUGUCCAAUUUAAUUUGUAUUCCCAUGAGGCUAUUGAUGUGUUAAAAUAGUAUCUUUUUUAGCGUUCAAUUGUACAUUUAACUAUAGUCUGUGACACUAACCUUAAUUGGAAUAGCUGCAUUAUAUAAUAUAGCACAAGUUCAAAUUGUGCAUCUAUUAAUCCUUUCAAGUUAGGAUAGUCUUGGUAGCCUAUGCUGCAGCCAUACAAAUCAUUGUUGCUUAUUCGUGCAAGUGUUAUAGCAUUCACAGUCAUAAUUCCUCUUCAUCUUCUGAUGUAUCCACUGCAUGGUACGUGCUUGGUGAAUGUUCCUCUUGUGUUUGUUUAGCUAGUCAUCAAAUGCAGCGACAAUUUGUCUAUAAUGUUGCUAAUGUAUCUGAUGAUAUAUAUGUGAAGAAACCUUCAUGAAAGUGAUCAUAUACCGUAUUGUUGAUUGCAAAUGGCGGAUUCAGCCAAAAUUCCGACCGUAGCAAUUGGAAGACCCUCCAUAGUCAUAGACCUCCGCAAAAAAUUUGAAUUUCAAGCCUGGAUCCGGAAAUGCCAUUUCGUGCGUUCUGAGCAAAGAAUGUGACCAUUUUAAUUUUUUUCUCAUGCACUGCACUCAUUUUUCAAGCAAAAAUAAGAAAGGUUUCAAAAAGUACAAAGUACUUUAUUCAUAAAAACUUUACUGAACUCUUGUCUGUUAUCAGAAAUAUUCGUCUAAUUUUUAAACCGACUGACCACUUUGAAUCCUUAGUCUCGAGAAUUUUGGCUGUUAUAAAAUUUUCACUUGCUAAGUAUCUUGUAAAUGCUCACUAAUCAUCAAACACAAUAAUUAAGCCGAUUUCCAAAAUGUUUUUUUACGUGUCAAGCGACUUACUUUAAAUAUCGAUUCAGAAUAUUGUCGUACGCACAUAUUCUGCCCAAUACAUUUUAAAUUUGAAAGGUAUUUGCAACAGUUAGUUAGUAAGUUAUAAGAUUGACUUGUAACAAAGCUGUUAUAAACUCGCAACUGUUUUUGAGCACCGUAAACCCUCGUCUAUAAUCCGUCGGAGAGAGAGCUUAUACAGGGUGUACAGCCUCGUACCCAGGCGCUAUAAAUGGGCACACUACAGUGUUUUUAUAUGGAUCAGUGGAUCGAGCGCGCGGGGGUGCUUGGGGAGGUUGCAGGAAACGAAGCGCCUGGCAGAAUUUGUAACAAACAUGGCGGACAUGAGGAUGCAAAUGAGGAAAUUGCUGUACUAUACUCAAUGAAAUUGAAAGGCCUGCCCAUCGAGCGUGACAUUUGGAAAAGAUUUUAUGUCCAAAUGAUCACUGCGUUGAUAAUAAUUAUUUUUCCUCGAAAACGGUAUUAUAUAUUUAUCAUUUUAGCUGGCGAGUUUCCUCAGGACCUCUCGAAAUUUAAUAGAAAGUCUCCUGGUCAUGGUUUAUUUCAAAUGGUUGAAAAUAUUAAAUAUAUGUCUGGUAUUUGAUGCACAUCAUGAAAUGUACUGCCUUUUUGCAGUUUGAAAGAAAAGUAUUCUGACAACAAAGCCAAAGUCAACGAAACUGGCCAAGUUUAUAACUUUAUAUUCUUGAAUUUUAAUAAUACAUUGAAUUUUAUAAAUAUGGAAUGUUGAAACUACUAUUUAUUUGUACUGAUGAUUUUUUUUCCUCAGAUGAGAAAAUUAACUGGAAAAUAUUUAAUGAUUGUAGGUUUCUAAAAUUUUGCCAAUAAAAGGAAUAUAAAUUAACAUGCAUGAGUGCUUUUUAGUAUGCAAAAUAUGGUGAAGAUAAAAACAUAAUUUUUAGAGCUCUAUUGUUGUAACUGGCUGACAAUAAUUAUAUAAACCACAGACCAGACCAAACUAAUCUCAUCUCAUGCAUUGUUCACCUGUUGAUGUUUGUGAUUCACCUUACUUUUGAGUUUUGAACUAUGAAGGCUAUUGCCCUUGAUUGCCAAAAUCUACUAUGUUUACAUUAAGGAAAGGGGUAUACUCUGGACUUGCCUCUGGCUGCAUACAAUGCAUUUGAUACCUGUUACAGACAUAUUCGACCAAAUUGGACAAUUUAAAGGCAUGGUUGCACAUUGCAAUUUGUUGGGCUGAUUACAGUACAGAUGGUAUUGAUAUUUAAAAAUCAAUGACAUUUGAAAAAUAUGUGGCAAACAUUUGAUGGUCUCACUGAAAAUAUUUGUCAACAGUUAGCAAAAUCUAAAAUCAGCCCGGCAAAGUAUGGUGUAUAAACACACAAAAAUACACUCAUACAUGCAUGUACCAUACAUAUACACACAUGAUUUACCAUGUUGCCAUGGAAAUUGGUCUUGGGAUUAAACAAUCCAAACAUGUUUAUACACAAAUGCUUUACCUGAAAUCAUUCUCAAGUUACUCAAGGUAAGUCCCAGUAAACAGCUUGGACAGGUGUAGGUUUGUAGUGUAAACACAAGACCUAUCCCAGUUGUCUCUGUGCUUGCUCCUAAAUCCUCAUGAAUGUUUUACACAACUUGACUAAAUGAGAUAUACCUCAUCAACAUACUAUGCAAACAACCCCAUUUAACCUAAAAUGUUGACAAUUUUAUUUAUUUUGCUCAUAAUAUAAACUACUGGUAUUUACAUUAAAAAAGAUCUAGAGCUAUGGCUGUAUGGAAAUAUUUAUGCAAUUUAAUACUCUUGUGGGCCUUUAUUUAUACACUCAUCCACAUCUUAACGUCUAAACAAACUAGGCACAUUAAACUUUGCAAAUUAACAACUUUGCCCAUUAAGUUUCACUGCCCCCUACUAGGGCUAUGGUGGUGUGCUGAUUGCACCACCGAGUUUCGUGGUGCAAUUGUCAGUUCUAGACCACUUGAUAAACUGCUAGAUUUUUCAAUCUCGUCAUAGUUCUCCAUCUCAUAAUCUGCUUCAGUGGCAAUGGGGACUAUCUAACAACAUAAUAAAUUAACAACAUUUCUAUUACUCAUUAAUUCAUAAAUUUACUACAUUAUAAUGCGAUGCAUGUGUAAAAAUGUGAUGCAUUCAAAUGUGUGCUAACUUAGGAACUUAAACUACAUAAGUACCUUCUUCAAAAUCAAGUUGGGAAAAGGAUGCAUUAAAUAUAUCAUCAGAACUUACUGAUGCUAUCAAAAGAAGAUUUAAUAGGUGUUUUAAAUACGCAUACAGGUGAUACAGCAAAAUUUUGUUGUGGCAAUUUGCUGCUAUUGCAAUUUAUAUAAAAUUAGCUUUGAAAUUGUUGUUAUUGCAUGAACCAAAGUCCAAAGAGACAAAUAUAACAGCAUUCAACACUGAACAAAUUUAUAUAACAAUAUAUAUCGCUAUUUUACAUCAUAUAAAAAAAUGUAAAUAAUAUUUAGUUAAUUUAAAAUCCUUUCGUUUUUAAUAUCAAUUCUAUUAUAACACAGGUAUAUCAUAUUAAAAUUAAAAUGACUCUUAUUAUUAAAAUUAACAGACUCAGUCAGUAUAUUAUUAAUUCAAAUAAAGGUUAAAAAGCGCCUAUUAAGUAUGUUUAAAGAAAAAGAUUACCUUCAUGUGGCUGUCUUUACUCCGUCUGGUCCAUAUUGUCACGGAAAUUGGGCACAAAAUGCACAAAAACGCUUAAAAACUACAUUUCUAAACUAAAUUUCAGAAAUCGACAAUUUCUUGUCGUCACUUAUCGAACAAAUUCUCCAGGCGCCUCCGGUUCCAGUUGCGUCCUCCCCAGGCACCCCCGCGCGCUCGCUCAUCUUAGCCACUGAUCUAUAUAAAAGUACUGUAGUGUACCUAUUUUUAGUUAAUUGCGCCUGGGUACGAGGCUGCAGGGUGUAUAAAAAAACUGAACAGAUAAGAAUUUGCUCUCAAUUUCGCAAAACAGCUAUUAGAAUCCAGUUUUUGAUGUAUAUAGCUUCUUUGAGUACUUAUAAUGUAGAAUAUGAAAACAAUUUCCGAACUCAAAUUUUGUGAACCAGCGGGGCUGUAUCUUUUCCAACAAACUAAAAAUGGCUUGCGCACACAAUUUAAAAGCUUUAAUCAUAUUUUUAGCUUCUUGGCUAAUUUGCAUAUGUCAGCAAUAUGUAAAUUAGGUAAAGGCAUUAAUUAAGCAUGCGAAAGGCUGAUUUUUUACGAAAAAAUGAAUAGCUAAAGGGCUUAAACUAAAGUACAUUGUUUGAAAUUUAGCACAGUAAUUAAAAACCCAACAAAUUUCACAUCUAUUAACUCAAAAUAUGAUUAAAGCUUUUCAAAUUUCGUCCGCAAGCCAUUUUUCGUUUGGUGGAAAAGACACACCACCCUGGUUCAUAAAAACUGAGUUCGAGAAAUUUUUUAAAUACCCAAAGAAAGCUAUAUACAGUAAAAAUUGGAUACUAACAGCUGUUUUGCGAAAUUGAGAGCAAAUUCAAAUCUGUUCAGUUUUUAUACAUCCUGUAUUUUUCAGUCACAUAUGAGCGGACUUAAUAGAAUGCAUGCAUGGGCGGAUUGUAAGGGGACGUACGCAUCGUUUUGCACCUCGCCUAAAAGGGUCAUGCACCUUCUCUUUAGACACGUAAGUUAAAAUGAUAGAUCAAAGUGAACUGUUUCUUAGGGUUUGCACUUUGUAGAAAGUUUUUCUAUAAAAUUAAAACGACGAUAGCCAUUCAUACCCGCUUAAUUAAGUAUACUCUUUUAAUGCAAUAUUACGAAAGAAACUUUGUGGUAAUAUGAUAUAAUGACAAUCAAAAUUGAAUGAGUUUUACAGUAAUAUUUCAAAAAUUCACUGACGUAUAUGUACCGUAUAUGCGUCACGCAGCGUACUUCAUGUAUUUAACUUUAGGUGGAGGGAGGGGGGGGGGAGGGGGCGUUAUAAGCCCUAACUUUCCAUGGAGGCCUUAAGUAAAACCGUUCCACUUCCCCCAAAGCUUUUCCACCUCCUCCACCAUUUCCACAAAAAUUCGGCUACGUACGACAGAAUGAACGUAAGAGAGCUUACUUGAGUUGGGGAGCCUCAUUAGAAAUUACGAUAAAUAUUUUUAAAGUUCGAAAAAUUUUCCAUUUUUAGGAACCACCAAUUUCCUGCAAAGAUAUUCUGAAAAAAUCAGCAAGGGCUACAAGUGGACUUUAUAAAAUCUCUGUCAACAACAAAAUAGUGACAGUAUACUGUGAAAUGGUUCUUCAUGGUGGUAGCUUCACCUUUAUCCCCAAGUCGGCUGUCAAGAAAGGAACCCUACCCAAACUUGUAUCACAACUUUUCACAAACGACUCUGAAGUUCUUCUGUACAUUCAAAAGAAAGAUGGAAAUCAGACCUACACCCACAUCCAACAACUGCAAGAGAAAUCGCAAACGCCUUUAGUAGUCUUGCAGAAUACAAACACAGGUUAG